GACGAAGCAACAUCGUCGGCGGCCAGCCCGCUACUCCCUCCCCUUGUCAGAUUGGCGGGGUUGUGCAAUACGGCUUGUCAGCGCGUGGUGGCGUCGGGCGCACGUCGGGUGCGGGCCUCCGGGCAUGCGCCGUUGACCACAGGGGCAGGACGGGCGGCAGCGAGCUGGUGAAGAUAAGGCGAGAACGGACAGAUUUAUUCUUUUUAUUUCAAUGACAGGUGGACCCCACAGGGCUCCACACAAGAGGAUAAAGUCCCAAACAUCGCCGUUACAUGCGAGGUGUUAAGCGGUGCCACGUCAGGCUGACUGACGGGCCCCAUUUGUCAUAAACAUACUCAACAGAGGCAAAUCCGCCGAUCAGUGUUAUUUGCAAAAAGAUUACGGUAGACAUGGUGUUUUUUGCAAAAAAAAUGUAUUGUAGUGUUUUUCGCAAACCUAGCCUUCAAACUGGUGGUUUUGUGCAAUUUACUCCACUCAUACACUAGUAUAAGUUGGAGCUGAUAUAGCAUCAAUCAACUAUGCUGAUCAGACUAGAAAAUGCCUUGAUCUCUCUAUACAUCUCUAAUCCUUGCAAUGUGCUGGAUUUGAUUUAUGGGUGCUAAUUUAAUUCCACCCGCCAAUUCUGCUGCUCUGUAACGGCCGGGUCACUCCAGUAGCACCCUUCUUCGUUGUGUGAAUUUUGGUCAGAUUGAUUUUACUAUUAUGCUGACCAAAUGAUCAAGCUUUUAACCCCCUACCCAAUUGCAACUAGCUUUGUUGAACAUGCCCAUUGUUAGCAGUUACUCCUGCAGAGUGGUGUAAAUGGGAGUUAAUAUAGUGCUGUAUCAAUGGAGGGAGUAUGGUACAAAUCUCUCUUUUCCAUGAUAUUAACAUGAAACAAUACUUUUUGUUUCAUGUCUACGUAUUUGAUGUGACUGGUCAUGACAUGGUUUAAUCAUGUGCUCCCUGUCUUGUGUUUAUAUGACACAGUUUGUUGUCCUCCAUGUCUUAUAUUCAGUGUUGCCGUUAAGAAGCACAAGAAAUAGCCUCCUACUAGUAGUGAUAGCAGCUAAGGUCCAAAAUUAUUUGUUUGAUGCAGCUUAUCACCCUUUGAGUUUUGAUUUUUUUUUCAAAGACCUGGCACUUGUAUUCCCUUCUGUCAGACUCUGUUCAGUGUGACAAUAGCGCUCAGUGUUGAAAAUCAUACUAGUUGUUCAUUUGAUGGACAUUUGAAAUCAAGAAAUGUGCGUGAUGUUGACGCUUGUGCUGUUUCAGGGAAAUUAAGCUGGAUCAGCCACGCUUAUCCAAGAGGCAACUUAAGCGAGCUGAACUUUGGAAUGCCCCAGCAUGUGCGCGCAAGGGUUUGGAACGCUACAACGGCAUGAAUCAGGGGGAUGAGUAUGAGCUGGUUGAAGCAGUGGGCGUCAAAAGCUUUUGCUACUGUGGUCCGUGGCUGCAUGCAAAUUUUCUUGCUAGGCAUAAAGGUGCCAGUAGCUGUGAUGAUCUUGUUCCCAAGCACUUCUUUGCUGAGCUGAGGAUCGAUGCAGAUGGUCUGUCGUGUGUUUCAUGCUUCAAGUUCGACUCAGUUGACUGGAAGAACUUUGGCGGAUGUGGAGUUUGCCCGGCAACAUUUGUCCAUCCCGCUGGUGGUGGGUACAUUGGUGCACUGCCUGAACGACGUCUUCAGCCUGCUCCCACUGGUCUACAAAUAUCGUUUAGCUUUUGAGUUUAUGGUAGUAGAAUGAUUUUCUAGUUUAUGCAAGUUAGUUGUUAAAUCAGAUAGUGAAGUCUGAAACUCGACUUUGAUGAGUCAGCUAGUGAAGGCUGAGAUAGCACUUUUUUUU